AUGAAGGUGACGGAGAGCGUUGGCGACUUGCGCACGCGAGCGGCUCUACGAACUAGUCUCACUGCCAGCGAGGCCAUAAACUACGGCCUUUUUCUGCCAGCGCAGGGCAGCAAAAAGGGCAAAUUCCUGGCAAAUGAGCGCCCCAUCGCUGACUAUCCGGCCCUUUAUCGCAACAAGAAGAAUACCCCUGUGGAUAACACUCAGUCAAACAGUCCGGACUCCGGACUGGGUCAGGAAAUCUGUUGGCUAGAGUACCAGAUCACCAUUGCCGGCAAAGACAAGGAAGACUGUAAUUGCCAUUUCUGGCACAUUAGCCGUCAUCAGUCAGUCAUACCCAAUCCCUGGUGGUGCACCACCCUUGGCUUGAGAGUGAGCCUCAAGGUAGAAAGACACGACGGAGUUCCGUUAGCGAUUGAUGAGCGUUCACCGAUGAAGGGUAGAUUCCUCGAUCACAGCUAG